CCGUGAAGCUGUCAACACAUGGCAGUUGGGCGGUGAAGAAGCACAAGGAUCCAACACACAUCAUUAGUUUACUAAUACAAAUGAGGGAAGUCGCUAUGAACGUGUGUCCGCGAGGUUAAACAUCUUAUUUGGAAGAAGCAGCCAAACACUGGCACAAAUCACUGCUCACGUUACUGGAUGGUGUCACUGUCAGAGUUUUGGCGCGCCUGUACCUAACUGGGUGGACGCAGGGGUCAUUAGUGGUGGUAUGACAGUUUCUUCUUCGGGAUGGAGAGUUGCACACAUGUCUUCCAGAUAUCUGGGAUCAAGAACCCGGAUAAGAAGAGAGCUCUGAUCCAGGGGAUCAAACAACUGGGUGGGAAAUACUUAGGUGGCUCAGUCUAUGAGCAGGCCAGCACCCAUCUCAUAAUCCCCCAGGUUUUGUCCAGUGAAAAGUUUUUGGCAGCCUGUGCUGCAGGAAAGUGGGUUGUGACUCCAGACUAUGUGUUGGACAGUGUUAAGAAUGGUUCCUGGCUCGCAGAGGGACGCUAUGAGGUGGCCAUUUCCACUGGUGCUUCGGCUUCUGCCUUCUACCCUGUCAGGCAGUGGAGGCAGAAGGUGGCCAGUGGGAGACUAGCAGGGGCCUUCCAAGGGUGGAGGGUUCUUCUCAUGGUCCAAGAGCCCACCCGCAGAGCCAUGUUCAAACGGCUGCUAAAAGCAGGCAUGGCCAAAGUUUACUACUUCCCUCCUCCCUCUCAUGCCUCCAUCACUCAUGUCAUGGCUAAACCUGUUACAGAAAACUCAAAAUCCUACAAUGCUCCGUGCUACCCUGUGAGCCACAUUGUCCAGCACCUUUUUGGGAGCAAUUGUGUGGAUAUGAAUUUCAACGUAGCAGAUGAUCAUCCAGUGGAGACGAAGACGGUCAGCUUUGUUGAUGUUGACUUCUCUAAGCUGGAGACAGAGCUCAGGGACCAUGUCAUCAAAAAGGAGGGCCGGCCGAGACUGUGCUUCCUUGAAUUUCUGGGUUACCAUGACCCUCACCGUCCACAGUCACAGGCAAUGGACACAGACUUUAGCAAUGUCGGUAGUAUGAUAGAGUGCGGCCUCUUCACUGAAGCCUUGGACUCAAUCAGAAGUGCCGUGUUCCCCGGUCUGCUGCCACCAAUGCCAUACCUGAUCUCCCUCUUAGAAUACGCGCAGCAGGGUAACGCCACGUCUGUCUUCCUAAGAAACUUGCAGCAGGUCAUGUGUAACCUGCUCGUUACCAACCCUCCCUGGCUGGCACCCAGCACAGUGAAAAAAUAUUACACCCAGGUGUUGCAGUGUCCUCGAUGUAAGGCAGGCCCAUGGUCUUUUCUAGAGACAGCCAUUAGUUACUGUCUGUCCAGUGAGGCCACUUGUCACCCACUCCCUGGACCUGCCCUGCCAACACUGUUACAUUUCCACAGCGACCUUGUGGCAUUUUUCCUCAGGCUCUUCCAGGGGGAGCUCCACUCUGUCACCGCCAGGGAUUUUGUGCUGCCUCAGGGACCAGGAGUUUCUCAGGCAUCAGCAUCAGGAUCUUUGCUAUAUGGAACCUUUUGGACUGUGUGGGAGCGCUCCACUCUGCUGUCUCGAGCUGUGAAACAACUAACCCAGCUCUUGGUACAGGCCGCUGUUAAGGACUACGCUGAGAAAGAUGAGAAGCAGAGACUGCAUUUGGCGGAUACCCUGCUGAACCUCCUGUCUGUGCUGGUAGAGUUCUGGUGUCAGCAGAACUUCAAACUGAACCAGAACCUGGUGGAAAAGGGCCUGAAAGAUCUGGCAGAGCACUUUGCUGUUGUCAGCCAGGAUGUGUCUCCAGUGGUUCUGGCAGAGCUGGUUGCCAGGAUUUCCUCUACCAGACUUAAGCUGGUGAUGGCUGAUGCCAUAUUUAGGAAUCUCUGUUGCAGAAAUGGAAACACUGUGGGAGAUGAACCCCUCUCACUCAAAAAAAUGGUGCUGUCCUACCUGCCUGCUCUGGGAAGCUUAGCUCGGAGUCCCAGCGGUGCUCGCCUCAGGACGGGACCCCCCUCCCACAGCUGCACCAGCCAGGAAACUGGCUGCAGAACCCAGAGCUCUUUGGUGAAUGAAACAGGCCCGGAGAACGAGAACCUCCCCAGAGGUUUGAACAGAGUCAACGCAGCAGGAGAGACCCUCCUCCACAGAGCUUGCAAGAGGAACCAAGUGGAAACAGUGUUUCAGAUCCUGGCGCUUCCUGGCACGGACAUCAAUGUUAAAGACCAUGCCGGCUGGACACCACUGCAUGAAGCAUGUAACCAUGGCAGCACUGCAUGUGUUGAGGCUUUGCUACGUCACCACCCCGCCCCCGUGCUUAAUAACCAGGUGGGUGGAGUGAGUCCACUUCACGAUGCCCUGCUAAACAGACACAUGGACAUCGCCAAAAUGCUACUGGAGCACGCAGGCUCAGUUCUCCUGCAGCAGGCCGAUGAAGACGGGCGGACUGCACUGGAUCUGGUCUCCACAACAACUCAAAGGGAGGAGCUCCUCCACAGCGCGCAGGUCGGCGACUCCGCCCUGAGAAACAAAGUGACCAAGGUCUCGAACCUUCCCCUCCUGGAGGCCGGAUCCUCCCUGCUGGCCCACCUGAUUUCCUCCUACCAGCAGGAGAGGGCCCUGUGUGACCACGCGCCACCCAGCGACAGGGCCCGCAGCCUGGCCUACAGGUUGGUCAGGGCCCUGGAGACGCACUCCUUCCAAAAACUUACUUUGGGCUGGACGGACCAGCGGGUAGUCAGGUUGGUGGAAGACGCAGACACACUGUUGGAGCUCAGCAGAGGGAGGUACCUGGGACAGGUGUCUCAGGCUGUGAAGGAGUGCAAGGGACAGAACACAAUGUUCCUAAUGGAGAUGCUGGAGAAUUUAAAAUCUCUGGGAGAUGCUCUGAUGGCUGAUCUGUGACAGAACACUGUAAAAUACUUAAAUGCACAACCAAAGGGGCAAAAGGGUGUCUGUGCCAGAUAAAAUAAAACUGUUCAUUACAUGGUCUUGCAGUUCAAUGAGGCCUUAAAAUAUCUGCACUGGCAAAAAUCAUGUUUUGGCUUUUUGUGAAUGUAUGCCUUGGGCAAGCAGCUGAUUGUAACUAUGAUAUGGUUUGGUUAUAUUCUGCUACCUUGUUUUGGUUUAAAAUGUUUUAUACUUUGCAAAUAUUUCUGAAAUCCAAAAAUGUAUUUAUGUUGAAUGUUUUCAGUUGCAUGUUUUAUAGGAACACUAACAUUUCUGUGUAGCCUGUCACUACCUCAAGCUCUAGUUUUCUACAGUUAUUUUUCUGAAUGUUUCAAGAUGAAAUUGUUUUUUGUGUGUCAAUUAUUAUUUAUAACAAAAUAAAUGAACAUAAAUCAGUUGAUUGUUACAUUA